AAAGGCGCGGCCCAGACGCCCGCUUAUCCUAGUGGGCUCACGACGCAUGCGCGGGCGGCGCGGGCUUAAAGGCGGCUGCCGGCCCCAAGCCACCCAGUCGGCCUGUCAGCCGGCUUCGAGGUCCGUCCCUACGCUUGCGCGGCGGCGGUGGUGGCGGCGAUGGCGGCGGAGGAGGAGGUGGAUUCGGCGGACACCGGCGGAGGAUCAGGAUGGCUAACGGGGUGGCUUCCCACCUGGUGCCCUACAUCUACAUCACACCUUAAAGAAGCUGAAGAGAAAAUGUUAAAAUGUGUCCCCUGCACUUACAAAAAGGAACCUGUUCGAAUAUCUAAUGGGAAUAGAAUAUGGACACUGAUGUUCUCUCACUGUAUCUCAAAUAAGACUCCACUGGUCCUACUCCAUGGUUUUGGAGGAGGUCUUGGACUCUGGGCCCUGAAUUUUGGAGAUCUAUCCACUGAUAGACCUGUCUAUGCUUUUGACCUGUUGGGCUUUGGCCGAAGCAGUAGACCCAGGUUUGACAGCGAUGCAGAAGAAGUGGAGAAUCAGUUUGUGGAAUCCAUCGAAGAGUGGAGAUGUGCCCUAGGAUUGGACAAAAUGAUCUUGCUUGGGCACAACUUGGGCGGGUUCUUGGCUGCUGCUUACUCAUUGAAGUAUCCGUCAAGGGUUAGUCAUCUCAUUUUAGUGGAACCUUGGGGUUUUCCUGAGCGCCCAGACCUUGCUGAUCAAGAGAGACCAAUUCCAGUUUGGAUUAGAGCCCUGGGAGCAGCACUGACUCCCUUUAACCCCUUGGCUGGCCUUAGGAUUGCAGGACCUUUUGGUUUAAGCCUAGUGCAGCGUUUAAGGCCUGAUUUCAAACGGAAGUACUCUUCAAUGUUUGAAGAUGACACUGUGACAGAGUACAUUUACCACUGUAAUGUACAGACCCCAAGUGGUGAGACAGCAUUCAAGAACAUGACGAUUCCAUAUGGAUGGGCAAAACGGCCAAUGCUGCAGCGGAUUGGUGGCUUGCAUCCUGACAUUCCGGUUUCAGUGAUCUUUGGUGCCCGGUCCUGCAUAGAUGGCAAUUCUGGUACCAGCAUCCAGUCAUUGCGACCACAUUCUUAUGUGAAGACAAUAGCUAUCCUUGGGGCAGGGCAUUAUGUAUAUGCAGAUCAACCAGAAGAGUUCAAUCAGAAAGUCAAGGAGAUCUGCCACACAGUGGACUGAGCAUACCAAAGCUGUUGCAGGAACACCUGAUGACUGAUACCAUUCUUCAGCAGUGUUCCACAGUCACAACAGAGAGCAAGGAAUAUGACCCAAGAACCAGGCAUCUCCUGGACUGGACUCUGCACAGUUUUCUUACGAAGUCACUUGCACAUUUAAACCAGUUAGUGCCUUCUAGAAGAAUGGCUUUCCUUUCUCCUACACAAAAUCGAAAUAAACAAGAGUCUUCCAAUUUAAUAGCCUUAAAUAAAAGGUUAUUGUCCCUUUGGUGUACCAAAAAAUUGUAAUUUUUUAACUGAGACUUUUUUUUUCAUUUUUACCUAACUUUGCUCGUUGGGUGCUUCUCAUAUUGUAGUCUAUAUUGCCAAUUUAAAGAAAUGGUUUCCAGGUCUGUUGUGUUAUAUGUUGUGAAGGUGCAUUUUAUUUUCUUUGCAUAUAUUACCAUAUCUAAUAAUUAAUAUGGCUAAUUCAAAUCCAAUGUAUUUUUAUAUAAAAAUUUGUUGGUUUAGAACACUUCAUUUUUGGAAUGAUGUAAAAAGAUAGGCUUUGAUUAAAAAGGAUGGAAGUCAAUUACUAGCAUGAAUUCUUCUGGUUUUCAUGUUUAUAUUUAAGGCUGCAAAGCCAUUUCACAUCUAGAAUGUGCUCCAUCGUGACAUACAGUCUGCAGCAACACAGAUGAUCUAUGUGUGAUUUAGUUCUGUGCUUCUAAGGAAACAUGUUAUGAACACUUUUGUGAUUCAAGUACUGAGAAGCCUUAACCAAAAAUCUGUCCCCUUUCCUUCCCAUUAAUGCUAUCCUUUUCCAAGAACUGGGAUGCAGCAAAUGGAACAGAUUUCCUCCGUAACAGGAUAUUAAGACUGUUGCCUUCCAGUAAGCCAAGUCAUACUGCGUUUUCAUGAAUGGCUAACUCACAUGGUGCUAAAAAUGGAUUACAUUUUUACCACUAAAAUUUAAAAAUGGGUGGUGCUGUUAUAUCUCAUGGCACUGGAAAUGAGCUAGCACGUUUAUUUUUUAAUUGAAUAUUGUUUUAAGUAAUUUACAUACUUGAAGUUAUAUUAUAAAAAUUUUAUAAUGUUGAGUCAACUGUUUGACAGUAGCCACUAUGGAGUUUAUUGUUUUCUCACAGUUUUAAAAUGAGGGAAACUUUGAGACUGUGAAAAGGCCCCAUGUAGCAACUGGCUAAGAAAGCUUGGGCUACAGAAAGCAGAUAAGAUUGUUACCAAUACUGCCUGUCCAGGAGAAAGGUGGGUCAUGUGAAUAAAGACUGAACCAGAGCAAAUCAUGGUUGGGUUAUUGCACUUUUAGUGGUUAGUUAGGACAUUUGUUGGAAAAUAUAAGAUGAUGUCACUUUUGAUUAACUGCUGGAAAGAUUAUUCUCUUUUCAACAUCCUUACCUACAAAAGAAUGUGUUAAUUGCACUGAAGCAUGGUGGGAGAUCAGCUUCCCAGUGGCCCUUUGUCUAACUCCAAAUGAACUAGGUUUUAGUGCAAGCAGCCAACAACAUGAGAACUGAGAAAUGUUUCCUUUUUCUACCUUGAGAAUAAAGUAAGCUUUACCUUGUAGUUAGCAUCUUCGGUAGCCAAUUUCAAACUUGAAAGGCACAGAAUUUGGGCAGUAUUUUUUGUUUGGUACUUAGCUAUCUUUCUUAGUUGUCCUUUGCUAGUUGAAUGAGCAAGGUCCUGCACAGAGAAUGGAUACAACCAAGUAUCAAGUAAAACUGAAACUGACUUUCCUAAUACUGACUUCUUCUACUACUGACUUUGCUUUAUUUGAAAAAUGUCAUGAUUCUUCUUAAAAAUUAAUUUUUCCUUUGUGUAUGUAAUUUUAUAAAAAUAUUAAAAAACCCAAGAAUUUUUGAGAUGUACAUACAGUGGUUGCUAAAUAUUUUUUCUUUCUAAAAAAGACUAUUACUAUUUGAUCUUUGCUAAACUAUUUGUACCUUAGGCUUAUUCUGUAGAAUAAAUGUGGCUGUGGUCACAGCA